CUCUCUUUGUUAUUACUGAGAAAGUGAGAGAGCAUCAUGAAGUGUGGCAAGAAAGGGGCUCUGAAACAGUGCAGCAGCAGAGAAUGGAAUUAAUUUCUGCUGAAGGUGCCAACCUGGCUGGAACCCAAGUUCAAGAAGAAAGCCAUGAAGAAAAGAAAACGAAUGUGUUCCUUCAAUGUGCAAAUCUUUUAACUGGCACAUCCAAUCUUACAAUGAACAGUAGACAGAAGCUGUGUAGAGAGAGCUCCAUUCUGAGCCAAAACAUUACUUCACACAGAAGGCUGCAUAUAGAAGAAAAUCUGCAAACAAGCUCAGAAUGUGCUGUGAGCUUCAGAAAGGAGAACCAACUUACGUACCAUCAGAUAAUUAAAGACGGAGAAAAAAUGUACACCUGCUCAGAGUGUGGAAAGAUCUUCAAAAAGAAAGAUCGUCUUAUGUACCAUCUAAGAAUUCAUUCUGGAGAAAAACCAUAUGCCUGUUCAGAGUGUGGAAAAGGCUUCAGAAAGAAAGACCACCUUAUUUCUCAUCAAGGGAUCCACAAAGGGGAGAAACCAUAUACCUGUUCAGAAUGUAAGAAAAGCUUCAGAAAGAAGGACCACCUUGCUUCACAUCAAGGAAUUCACAAAGGGGAAAAACCGUAUAUCUGCUCAGAGUGUGGGAAAAGAUUCAGAAAGAAAGAGUACCUUUCUGGUCAUCAAAGAGUUCACACAGGGGAAAAACCACAUAAGUGCUCUGUAUGUGGGAAAAGUUUCAGUGACCGCUCAGGCCUGACUUCUCAUCAAGUAAUCCAUACAGGAGAGAAACCCUAUACAUGUUCAGAAUGUGGAAAGAGCUUUAGCCGCAGCAGAAAUCUUAUCUCCCAUCAGAGAAGUCAUACAGGGGAGAAACCAUAUGAAUGCUUUGAAUGUGGAAAGAUCUUCACUAACAUUUCAGGCCUUACCUAUCAUCAAAGAAUCCACACAGGAGAGAAACCAUAUGUAUGUCUAGAAUGUGGAAAGAGUUUCUGUCUCAGUUCAGGCCUUGCUUACCAUCAAAGAAUCCACACAGGAGAGAAACCAUAUAUAUGCUCAGAAUGUGGAAAAAGCUUCAGUAACAAUUCAGGCUUUACUUAUCAUCAAAGAAUUCACACAGAAGAAAAACCAUUUACUUGCUCAGAAUGUGGGAAAAGCUUCAGAAAUAAGAGCCAUCUUACUUCCCAUAGUAGAAUUCAUACUGGAGAGAAACCUUAUAAAUGCUUAGAAUGUGGAAGAAGUUUCAGACGCAUCACAAAUCUUACUUCCCAUCUUGGGAUCCACUUAGGAGAGAAACCAUACACGUGCUUAGAGUGUGGAAAGAGCUUCAGGUUGAAGGACUUCCUUACUAGCCAUCAAAGAAUCCACACAGGUGAAAAACCAUAUAAAUGCUCAGAAUGUGGAAGAAGCUUUAGUGACAGCUCAGGCCUUAAUUACCAUAAAAGAAUUCAUACAGGAGAAAAACCACAUACAUGCUCAGAAUGUGGAAAGAGCUUCAGAAAGAAAGACCAGCUUACUAACCAUAAAAGAAUCCACACAGGGGGAAAACUAUGUAAAUGAUCAAUUUAUGGAAGGUUUUAGAUGGAGUGCUCAGUUUAGCAGAAGAAGUAAUCUACAAGAAGGAGAAAACAUAUGAAUGUGUGUACUGUGCAAUCAUCCCUUCAAAUAUGGGAGAAACCAUAUACAUUCUCUUUCUCUUAAUUGUGUUUUUUUUCAGAGCUAGGUUUCACUGAUCAUCUCAGAAUCUAUGAUCGAUUGACAUUAUUAAAUUUAAGCCUGUGGCAAAAGCCAGAAGGGUGUAGUGGUUAAGAGCAGUGGACUCUAAUCUGGCGAACUGAAUUUGACUCCCCACUCCUUUGUAAGCAGCAAGAAUUUCAUUCCUUUCUAUUCAUGAACAAGUACUUGAGGUAGGGAAUUCACUUGACUGGUUGGGCUUCCUGCAGGAAACAGGUGCAAAGAGACUAUCAUAUUUAAAAAAUUCCUUGACUAACUGGAUCUUUCUUAUUUAUAUAACCUGAGUAGCUUUUACAGUUUAAUUAUGGGAUGUACUCUAUCCUUGCAAUGUAGCCAUAUUAUAUUAUAUUAUAUUAUAUUAUAUUAUAUUAUAUUAUAUUAUAUUAUAUUAUAUUA